ACUGUGAUUGGCUUAGCGUAUUGAGGCAGUGCUGAGUGACGUAGUGUGCUGCUGCUGCCGCGGGAAGUUGAAGCUGUGUGACCGACCGGAGCCCCGUGCACUGAUCUGUGCGGUACCGCUCCCUGAGUGUCUGUGAGGUGACGUGCGGUACCAUGAGUGUGUAUGAAGAAUGACAUGGCUUCUGUACAGCCCGCCACUUCUGUCUUCUUCCAGCUGUUCAAGGCGCACUGCAGCAACACAGACUUGGGACCAAUAAACGUAAACUGGUUUGAGGAUCUGACCAGAGAGGCUCUACGUCUUCAGCCCAAGCUACGUGAGGAGGAUGACAAGAGGGGAAGCUGGCAGGAUGACAACCUCUUCAAGACCCCACAGCAGAAGCCAUCCCAGAACAGCCAGCUAGAGUCUACACCCAAUAUUUUUAGAGAGCAGAGUUUGUGUUCCCCUCUGUUUUUCUCACCAACUAAAGAUCAUGAUAAAAAAGUUACAGAGGAAAAUUUUAGAAAUGUUAAAACACAAAGGAGUCCUGGCACUUCAGCACCAGCCAAUGAAGUCUUUGGUACCUCAAAUAGAUAUUUACCUGACAGCCCUGUUGUCAUGGAACACUUGUUUAAGGCUCCCUAUGAUGAUAGACGAUACCUACAAAGAACACCACAGCAAUAUAGGAAGUUCGAUAUUUCUGAUAGUUUACUGUGCACACCACAAUUGAUGAGGAACCAAAGCGCAAAAAGUAUAUCAGAGAGUCUUGGUGUAGAAGUAGAUCCCGAGAUGUCCUGGUCGAGUUCAUUAGCUACACCACCCUCUCCAACUUUGAUUAUUGAUCAAGCAAAAGAAGUUUCUAAAGCAAGGGAAUUUGGUAAAGAAGAUGUAGUGAUUGUACGAAGUCUGUUUUCCAACAUGAACGGUGUUGCUCAAGUUUCCUCAGCUCCACCGUCUGAUCAAAAGAUUGAAAGCAAUAGCUCAAAGCUUGCAGACACUAUUACUACUGAAAACAUGGCAAAGUCAUCUGAUUGUCUGAAGGCACAACAGAAGAGAACUGUUCUGAAUGCCGUUGGAGAUGGGGACGCCUGCCAGGUGGUGGAGAAUGCAAUUGAAGGAAUGGAGGAUGUUUUAUCCAUCUUUUUUACCAAUGAAAAACCACAAGAAUUGAGAAAAGUAAAAAUCGAUAGACGAAUUAAAAGAAAAAAUAAACCAUUCAAUAGCAUGCAUGAAAAAAAUGAUUCACUGAUAGAAAAAACAGAGGAGCAAAAUACAUUGUUAGAUUCAGACAAACUUAAUGUAAACAGCAAUUUAGUACAGCAGAAGACAAGAGAAAUAUCCUUAUCAUAUGAGUGGACUCCACUGAACCUCCCGGAUACAACACAAGAGAAAACUGUAACUAUUGAAAUUGGUGGUUGUGGAGAUCGUAAUGCGAUAGAAAAUUCAACAUCGACCGAUUCAGAACAGCACAGGAAUGAGACUAAAACAAAAGGUUGUAAUGAGACCGAUUACACUAAUGGGGAUUGCAUUAUAACCAUUUUACAACAUAAGGAGCACAAAACCAAAUCUGAAAAACUACCUCACAAUUUCUCAGGCAACAAUAAACAUCUUGUGGGACUUAUUUCCGAUGAUCACUCGUCAUCUUUGGCAGCUGAUGGUGACAUUUCUUGCAAAAGUAGCAGUAUAGCUGACCAGAUACCUAAAGCCAUCCUGCCUACACUGAGAAAGACGACCAAAUUCUUGUAUAACCUUAAAACGGAUUGUCAACAAAGUCAAACUACUGAGAAUAUUAAUAGGACUGUGUACAGCAAACCUUUAUAUGGCCUGGAAAUACCUGAUGCCAAGUCCAGAAGAUCAUUGGAUUUAAAGAAUACUUCCUUGGCUCAUCACCUGACAGAAGUAAAGCUAGUUGUAAAUGAAGAUGAUGAUGACUUUAAAAAUAACAGUUUAGAUCUCCAAGAAAUUGAAGAGACUUUCAUGAAUGUAAUGCAGACAGGUCCCACAGAUUCAAUAGAAACCUCUGGGGUGAAAUCGAUCUUAAAAAGAACAGCUGUUCCCUCAGAUGGAGGUGAUUCUAUAGAACUUCAAGUGUCAGAAACAAAAAGCAUCUCACGGCUACAAGAUGGAGCAUUACAGCACUCAGAGGACAUGUUGGCUCACAACAGUAACAAAGUCAUUGUCUUAGAGUCUGUGGCAAGUCAUCGGGAUAAAAAAUGUAACUCACAAGAAAAUCCUUGUAUCUCAAGGAACAAUUGUGAUUCCUUUUGCACAACUCCGCACUCUGAAAAAGCAGAAAGUAAAUCAAUUAAAACAAGCUGUAAUUUACCGGUGGACAUAAAUUUGGAAGGCUUUAAAGGAUUUGAAACAGCCUCAAAUAAAAAGAUAAACAUCUCAGAAGAAAGUCUAAGAAAAGGAGAACUUAUGUUACAAGAGGAUAGCGCUGAAAUCGGAGUCAAAACCCCUUUAAUUUUAAUGGCUAAAGCUGAUGAUACUAUGAUGCAUAAAGAACUCCAGACGCCAUUACCUAAGGAAAUAAUAGUCACAGAGAGUGGAAUUGCUAAAGAAAGUAUUGUAUGUCAGGUUAAUGAACAGGAAACAAACAAAAAACACAAAACAAAUAAUGUCAACAUGAAGUCUGAAUGGGAUGAAAUGGCUAGCAGCAUAAAACCGCUUGAUUCAAUGCAAUUGGAUGGAGAAUUGUAUAAGGAAAACAAACCAUGCAAACUGUCCUCUUCGGACAAAGGAGACAUAGGCAUUCAGAUGUCAAAGGAAAAUCCUGUAAAGAUUUUGAAUGCUUCCUCAAAGAUCAGCAGUAGGGGCUUGCAGGGUUUAUCCAAUGGAAGAGAAUCUCAGUUAAAUGACAUCUUUACUGAAAGUCAGAAAGCUGAAAUCAGUGAACUUUCUUCUCUUUUAGAGAACGCAGGCAGUCAAUUUGACUUUACACAGGUUAAAAAGCUAAUUAUACCUGGAUUAGAUAAUGUGCAAAAUCCAAAGAUGAGCGACAGUGACUCUCAGAAGCUCAACACGUCAGAUGUCUGGAAGGACGUGGACUUUAAUGAUAGUUUUGCUGCUGGAGAAGGAAAUGCAGAAAGCAACGGUUUUAGCGUCACAUCAGGAUCUGAAAAUAAAAGUAACAUUGGAUCAAAUGCCUGUGACACUGCAGAUAAUAAAUCUGUACUAGAUUCAUUUGUCAAAAACAGAGAAAGCAAUGUUGGUGGAGGAACAAGUGUUAACAUUACUGAUGAGGAUCUAAUAAAAGCGAUAUUUUGUGAUUUAGAAGAAAAGGCGAAAGAAAAAACUACAAAGACCACACAAGAUAUGAAUUGUUCACCUAAUCCUGAAAUGUCCAAUGUUUUACAUGUUACAGCUGAAGGCAUGACCGCUACACUACUUGUUAAUAAUUCAUCAAAUAUUAUACAAACAACUGCUGUAUCAUCUCCUUCACAGACCAAAAAGAACUAUUUCCCAGAUACCAGACUGUCCGAUAAGCAAGAACUUAAUUGUAAGAGUGAUGAAAACCAUGUGACCAAGCAGGCUGAAAUGAAGAAUAGUGAGAAAUGUUGUCUAUUAGAGUCAGCACAUGUGCAAAAUUGUGAGGAUGCAUCCAAUAGCAAUGGAAACCACACUUUAGCUUUAGGUCUGUCUACAGCUUCAGUCGGUUUUGCUACUGCAAAAGGAAAACUGAUUAGUAUUAACAAAGCUUCUUUAGAUAAAGUAAGCCCCAUGUUCUCUGAUAUAUUGGAUACGUCUGACCCACGUGAAGAUCACUGCAGAACAGGCACAGUGCACAAACCAUCAAAUGUGUUAAUAGAAAGAACGUCACAUAAUGCUAGUACCAACUUUGUAGGAAAGGAAAGACGUCGGUCAACGUCUGACCAGCCUCCAGUGAUCUUUAGCAAAGAAAAUGAUGCAUCUAAAGUAAUUUCUGAUGGUCCAGUCCAGAAACCAAAGCAGAUAACACAUGUAUUAAGAAAAGAGGCAACCAGAGAGUCAUGUCCUCCUCAGCAAAAUAAUCCAAUAUCAAAUAUGUCAUUGUUUAGUACUGCAAGUGGUAAACCUGUUCUGUUGUGUGAGGAGAGUCUCAAAAGGGUUCACAAGAUAUUUUCUGAAGUAGAUGGUAGUCAUGUAGAAGAGCAGCAAAAUAAUGAAAUUGUUUUGACAGAUUCUGUAGUAAAUUCUGUUAGGUCACAUGACUUACAGAACAAAAAUGUUCAAGUGCAAGAAAGCACUUUUAACAUUUUACAACCAGGUUUCAGCACAGCAAAUGGUAAAAUGAUAGGUAAUUCUAAAAAAUUUCUCCAGAAAGCACAAAAAUUAUUUGCGGAUAUUGAAGAACCUAAUGUUUUAGAUGUUUUCCAAAGAACUCAUAGUAAAUCUGAAGUCAGUGAUCAGGAAAAAGACAAAGAUUGUGAUGUUACGGAUUCCCUAGUUCACAGAAUUAACUCCAAUAUAACACAAAUCAGAAAAAUUGAACCUUUAGUUAAGAAUUCAGCAGGGCUCAGCUCUGAAGUAUUGGCAGAUAUAUCACCAUUAAAUGAGAUCUCCCAUAAAGAAGGGUCUAAUAAAGUUGGUUCACACAAAAGGGAAGUUCCAAACUUAGGCAUACCAUCUUUUAUCAGUGCAUGUGGGAAGUCUAUUCAGAUGUCUGAAGACUCAUUGAAGAAGGCUCAGGGAAUUUUUCAUGAUAUAGAUGACAGACUUUUGUCAGAUAAAGGAAAACUUGGUUCUUCAGUCAACCAACAUGAGAGCAGGAAUCCCAAAUUUACUGUGCCAUCGCUAGGUUUCAGUACAGCAAGUGGUAAAUUGGUAGAAGUGUCUCACAACUCCCUCCAGAAAGUAAGACAAAUGAUUGCAGAUGCUGAUGAUGCUGUAUUAGAAGCAGGAUGUAUAUUUCAGUCCAACAAGACCACAACUAAAAAUGUUGAUUCCUUGGAGCCCAACCAAAGUGUAUUCUCCACUGCAACAGAAAUGAAAAAUAGAAAACCUUCUGCAAACCAAUCUUCUAAUGCUCUUCUAGGAAAGGUUCUAGUAAAAGGAGUGGAUAAAAGCACGCGUUUACCUCAACAAGAGACAAAUAAAAAGAUGGCAUUUUUUAGCAAAGCAAGUGGUGGUCACUUUAACGUGUCAAGUAAGGCUUUACAAAAAGCUAGAGAGAUGUUCUCUGAUUUAAGUGAUGUACAGGUGAAUGAUGAUUCACACAAGGAAAGUGUCCCAACUGGUCCUGUAAUGAAGGAAAAUGAAAGAUUGCCUGGCAUCUCUUCCAUCACCAGUAGGAAUGUUGAUAACAUACAUUCUAUGAAAGUAAAUGCCCCAGUUGUCAUCCCAUCUUCCAUAGCUUUCAACACAGCAAGCAAAAAGCCUGUGACAGUCUCCCUUGAUUCACUACAAAAGGCAAAACAACUUUUCGUUGAUACUGAAAUUAUUCAGAAAUUAUAUUCUGAAGUAGAUAACGUAUCCACCUCAAAGCAAGAUGUUCCUGUAGAUGUCCAACUUAGAUCAAAGUCUUCCACAGAAGAAUCUCCACAAGAAAAAUCUGUGGUGGCCAACGCAUCAGAAACAAAACAUUUUUCUAAUGUGCCCGCCAAACAUUCAUUUGGAUUUAGCACUGGUAAUGGAAAACAAGUGUCUGUAUCAAACGAUGCGCUGCAGAAAGUUAAAGGCUUGUUUAAAGAAUGUAAUACUAACUUAGAAGGCAGUCUAAAUGAACCUCAACCCAAGAUGCCAUGUUUUAGCACAGCUGGCGGUAAGUCUGUAACUGUGACUGAGGAGUCAUUGAAAAGGACACGGAAAUUAUUUUCUGAAUUAGAUAAUGUAUCCUCACCACAUGAUGUUCCUGAAGAUAUCCAACCUUAUCUUAAAUCAACAUCUGCCACAAAAGUAUGCCUACAAGAACAAACCAUGGGGGCUAGCACAUCAGAAAUAAAACAUUUCUCCAAAGUGUCUGCAAUCAAUUCAUUUGGAUUUAGCACUGGAAGUGGGAAAGAAGUGUCUGUAUCAGAAGAUGCACUAAAGAAGGUUAAAGGCUUGUUUGAAGAAUGUAAUACUAACUCAGAGUGUAAUCUUAAUGAAAAUCAGGAUUGUACAAGAAUGAACACACACAACCCAUUACUGAAUAAAAAACCUAUAAAAGACUCUGUUCACAAGCUUGGCUACUUACAGAAGAACACUGCUGAAGGUAAUGGAGGGAAACUAAAUGCUUCAGCUAGGUCUUCUGCCUUUUCUAUCAGUAAUGUUCAAUUGCCAAGGUUUGUAAAACAUUUAACACCUCUCUCUACUGCUGGAACAACAAAUUUGUAUUUUACAUCGUCCCACACUCCAGAAAAUGACUUUGAGAUCGAAGCAGCAGAAAGCGCAAAAGCAUUUAUGGAUGAUGAAGAUCUGACCGACGCUGAAAUAAGGACAGAUGUUGUAUUUCCAUGUUCAGACAAGCUUCCAAAUAUUAGAAAUGGAAAAAGAUUACGAUCUGAUGAUGGAGUUCCACGUGGAGAACCUCCAAUCAAAAGGCAACUUUUACCAGAAUUUGACAGAUCCUUGGAGAAUGAAUUUAAAGCAGCUUUGAAGCCCCUCACAAGCAGUCCUUAUGAGAGCCUAAAGGACAGAAAAAAGUAUUUCCAAAAUGUUACCUUACAACCGUUAUCCUCUGAUCCUGCCAGAUUCUCAAGAGGACAAAAGGAUACCAUGGAAUCUAGGAACACUCUCCAGAGGACUCUUUAUCCUAAAUUAAAUGUUUCCCGAAGUACUUUACCCUCCAGUUCAACACCUGUUCCAGCAGAUUGUAGUAGAAGUGACUCAAACAACACAUCUAGAACGACUACAAGCUCAUUUGUCAUCCAUUCUAAGAAGAAUCUUCACAUGUCUUUGGGUAAUCAAACAGUUAACUCUCCAAGACAAGAUGAGGAUCACAACAAAGAUCUUAUAUGUGAGGGUCAACUAGAAAUUGGAAGGACAGAGAAGGAUGCAUCAGAGGCAGAUCUCUCUGAUUUGGUUGCAAAUAUCUGCUGUGCCAGGGAUAUGCAGGAGAUGAGAAUACGAAAGAAACAAAGACAGAAGAUCAAACCACAACCUGGAUCAUUAUAUCAGCAAAAAACCUCUUCUAUCGACAGAAUUAAUUUGGAAACAGCAGUAGAAGGAAGGAAACCGACAGUAUAUACACAGGCUGAGUUGUACAGAUUCGGUGUUAUAAAGAAUCAGAUUGGCAUUACUAGUGAAAAAGCAAGAACCUUUGAAUUCCACUGUAUGGAUUAUUUCACAAGGGAGCAUUUCCUGUCUGAAGGUGGCGUGCACAUAGCUGAUGGCGGCUGGCUGGUACCCACGGAUAAAGUAACCGCUGGUAGAGAAGAGUUCUACAGAGCCCUGUGUGACACUCCAGGAGUGGAUCCUAAGCUGAUCAGUCCAGAAUGGGUGUACAACCACUACAGAUGGAUUGUGUGGAAACUAUCGGCCAUGGAAGUGAUGUUUCCUAUGAGCUUUGCUGGCAGGUGCUUGACACCAGAUAGGGUUCUCUUACAGCUCAAAUACAGAUAUGAUGUUGAAAUUGAUAAAUGCCAACGAUCCGCUGUCAGAAAGAUAAUGGAGAGAGAUGACACAUCGGCUAAGACGCUAGUUCUGUGCAUUUCUAAAAUCUUAACACUAGGAAAUGGUGAAGCCAAUGAUACAAAGCAGACAUCUGCUGUCAUUGAAGUGACUGAUGGCUGGUAUGGUAUCAAGGCCCUUCUGGAUCCUGCACUCACAUCUUUGCUAAAGAAUGGACGCAUGUUCAUAGGCCAGAAGAUAAUGGUACAUGGGGCAGAACUGGUGGGCUCCGAAGAUGCAUGCACACCCCUUGAAGCUCCAGAGUCUCUUAUGCUAAAGAUUGCAGGAAACAGCACUCGGCCUGCUCGCUGGUAUGUCAGACUUGGAUACUUUCAUGAUCCCAGACCUUUCUGCCUCCACCUGUCCUCCCUCUUGGCUGAUGGUGGCAUGGUGGGAUGUGUUGAUGUACUUAUACAAAGAAUUUACCCCAUGCAGUGGAUGGAAAAAAUGGGCAAUGGGACAUAUGUAUUUCGCAAUGAACGUGCCGAAGAAAGAGAGGCAGAAAAACAUUCUGCCAAGCAACAGAAGAGUCUGGAAGCCUUAUAUGAUAAGAUUCAGGAGGAAUGUGAAAAGCAGCAAGUCUGUGCUGUGAAAAAAAGACCAAGACGUCAGUCUUUAAGUGAAACCCAAAUCCGCGCUCUCCAGGAUGGUGCAGAACUCUACGAAGCCCUUCAGAAUGAGCCCGACCCGAGCUACCUUGAAUCUUGCCUUAGUAGUGAUCAGCUGAGGGCCUUGAACCAUCACAGACAGUUACUAAAUGACACGAGGCAGGCUCAGAUCCAGGCUGAAUUCAGGAAAGCCAUUGAAUCCUCAGAACAGGAAGCUGGCAGCACUACACGAAGGGAUGUUACUCCAGUAUGGAAAAUACGGAUUGUGGAUUACAAAGACCAUGACUCUACCUCAGCCUACAUGUUAAAUAUAUGGCGACCAUUACCUGAUGUAGUGUCACUGCUAAAGGAAGGAGGAAGGUUCAGAAUCUAUCAGCUGGCAGCCUCCCAGUCAAGAGGAAAAUCAGACACUGGUGCAGUGCAGCUGACAGCCACCAAGAAGACGCAGUUCCAGCAGCUGCAGCCUCUACAGCACGUCCUCGAGCAGAUCUACACCGAGAGACAAGUCACAGAGUUCAGUCAGUUCCUGGAGCCUCAUUUCACAGCUGCAUAUGGAGAAGUGGAUGUGGUGGGAGUGGUGAUAUACACACAACUAAAACCAGGUGCUGCCCCACUGGUUUAUUUGUCAGAUGAGAGGUGUAAUAUUGUGGCACUGAAGUUCUAUACAGAUCUCGGACAACUAGCCCUGGAAGAUCUCACCAGACCGUGCACCUUUAUCGCUGCUGCUAACCUACGCUGGAGGUCAGAGUACACGUAUGGAGUUCCUGUACUGUACGCUGGAGAUCUGUCCUUUUUUGCAGCAAAUCCUAAAGAGCAUCAUCUAAUGAAAGCUAUCCAGAAACUCCGUCAGUUCAUACAGUAUGUUACAGAAUUUGGCAAAGAAAUGGAGAAUAAACUGAUGAACAUCCUGGAAACUCAAAAUCCACAGGAGAAAGGGUCCUUGGCAACCUGCAGUGUGGACCCGUGCUCUCGUGGAGCUGCUGGAAAUAGAUGCUCUACACCCCUGCCGAAAAUCAAUAACCCCCAAUUGAAACACAUGUCAACGCCUGACGGUCAGAAUUUGACUCUGAGCACAAGUAUUGGAACCGACCCAAAGACCUGCAAAAAAAUGAAAGGGUUGGAUUAUCUCAGUCGGAUACCAUCCCCCGCUCCUCUAAAUCCAGUGCAGACUUUACUGUCUCCUUCAUUGCAAAGGGCAUUCCGACCUCCUCGGAGCUUACAUAAAGAAAACCGCACAUGUGCAAAGACCCCGCUAAAUCCCAGUUCUUGUACACCAAGUAAACUAGACGGAGACUUCAUUGCUGAUGAAGAACUGGCCAUGAUUAAUACACAAGCCCUUAUAUCAGGGAUGGAAGGAGGCAGGAAAGUGACCACUGGACAGGACACCCAAGCAUCGGACGUUCAGAAGAAGACAACCCCCAAUAUCCGCUGUCCCGAAAGCCAAAAGACCCAGAAGAGUCAAGAAGUAAGUGAGGCACCCCAUCAGAGACAACUGUCCAGGAAAAGAAAGAAACCCUAAAAGUUUUGUAUAUGGUGCAUUCAAUAAGAGGCGGAGUCUGUGUAUAUGUUUAAUAAAUUGUACAUAAAUUUAUAAAAAUGAUUUUCUAUAAAAUCUAACGCUAUUCUACUAAAAACUUAAGGUUAAUAAUGAGUGAUUCAUAGGAACUUGUACAUUUGUAAAAAUAAAAAAAAAAAAUAAAAACAGAUAGAAAAAUACAUCUUACAAACUGAUUUUGUUUGGUUUUUAAGAUUAAUUUACACAAGACUAGGAAACCUUAGUGUGUAUCCAGUCUGACUGUAGUCCAAGGAAAGGGAACUACAGUAUAUUGUAAGUCUAUUGCGGUAUUUCCAACCAAGGUUCCUCCAGCUGUUUCAAAACUACAGCUCCCAGCAUGCCCGGACAGCCUAAGGCUUUCCGGGCAUGCUGAGAGAUGUAGUUUUGCAACAGCUGGAGGCACCCUGGUUGAUAAAAACACUGGUCUAUAUUGUCAGAUACUCCAGCAUGAUAAAACCGAAUGAAUUAUUAUCAUUGGUUUUAAGGUAAAGAAAAUUCUGCAGAUUUUCUGUAUAAAAUGAAAGAUUUCCUUGUAAUUCUUAAUUCUCUAUGGGUUUAGCGCAAGUGUAAAUACCACUUCCUUUCGCAUUCUAAAUGGACAUUAGAUGUUUCCGGGUUCACACAUAGUAUUUUGGUCAAUAUUUGUAGCCAAAACCAGGAGUGGUCCAAAACACAGAAAAAUGUGCAAAUCUUUCCAUUAAUGUUUUCUCUGUCUGUUCUAAUCCCGGUUUUGGCUGCUACGUGUGUAGGAUGAUCCAUGUAGCGGUAAGUGGACGUAAUCUGCAGUUUUUUUUUUAGAUAUAAGCCCAAUUUCUUCCUUUCAAUAGAACAGGCUGAGGCUGCACACAGUUUGUUGCUCAUCAUCUUCCAGUUAAUCAAUAUAUCGAUAGGAGAGACAUAUGUAUGUGGUCCUGUUUUGUGCACUGUGUAUAACUAAUAGCACCAGCCUGCUAACAUUCAGGACAAUUGUGAACCAUGGCUUUAUAAUAGAGGUGUAACAAUAAAACUCACAACUUUGGUCAAUACCCACCUAUAUAGUAACACUAUAGAAUCUUCUUAACAUAUGUAAGUGACACAAUAUAUAUAGUAUUGUGUAUAUAUAGUAGAAAGAGGCAUCCCCGAGCCACACUUGGUGCAGAAAUUACAGAAAGAUGCAGCUAUAUUCCCUAGCUUCUUGGUCACUUUAUUUGGGCAUUACAAUCAGGAUUGUAUUAUUUAGGCACUAUAUGAUAUAUUUAUUUGCACACUGUGGGAUUGUAUUAUUUGGGUACUAUGUCAUAUAUUUAUUUGCACACUGUAGGAUUGUAUUAUUUGGGGACUAUGAUAUAUUUGCACACUGUAGGAUUGGAUUAUUUGGGCACUAUGGUAUAAUUAGUUGCACACUGUAGGAUCGGAUUAUUUGGGCACUAUGGUAUAAUUAGUUGCACACUGUAGGAUUGUAUUAUUUGGGCACUAUAUGAUAUAUGUGCACACUGUAGGAUUGUAUUAUUUGGGCACUAUAUGAUAUAUGUGCACACUGUAGGAUUGUAUUAUUUGGGCACUGUGUGGUAUAUUUAGUUGCUCACUGUAGGAUUGUAUUAUUUGGGCACUAUAUGAUAUAUGUGCACACUGUAGGAUUGUAUUAUUUGGGCACUGUGUGGUAUAUUUAGUUGCUCACUGUAGGAUUGUAUUAUUUGGGCACUAUAUGAUAUAUGUGCACACUGUAGGAUUGUAUUAUUUGGGCACUGUAUGAUAUAUUUGCACACUGUAGGAUUGUAUUAUUUGGGCACUAUAUGGUAUAUUUGCACACUGUAGGAUUGUAUUAUUUGGGCACUAUAUGAUAUAUUUGCACACUGUAGGAUUGUAUUAUUUGGGCACUGUGUGGUAUAUUUACACACUUUAGGAUUGUAUUAUUUGGGCAUUAUGGGGGAGAUUUAUCAAAACCUGUGCAAACCAAUCAGAUCACUACUUUAAUUUUGCAGAGGCCUUGUUAAAAAUGAAAGUAGCGAUCUGAUUGGUUGCUAUGGACAACUGGGCAUCUUUUCCUCUGGACAGGUUUUAAUAAAUAUAUAUAUAAUGUACACACACCAUGACAUAGAAUGUUCUGCAUAAAGCAACAUCCAACUUAAGACUAGUCCUGCUUUACAAGUUGUAUAAGGCAGGAGAGUUUUGUAAUUCAGAUAUUGCACGUUUUAUUCGCCCUGGCAGUGAUGUAAUGUUGUAACCCAGGGGGUUUGGUUGCAUCAUUCACCUCACAUAGCUUACAGCCAGCGCUGCACUCACCUCUUGGUACAUACUAUUCUAACUUGGAAAAUCUUAGCACCUAUUUAUUUGCACAUUUAGGGUCUAUUCACAUGCACAGUAUUCUGCGCAGAUUUGAUGCGCAGGAUUUCAAGCUGUGGCUGUCUGGGCAUGCUGGAAGUUGUAGUUUUGCAACAGCUGGAGGCACCCUGGUUGGGAAACACUGCUCUAUACAUAGGGAGCUCUGGAGAUAGCAGAGGGCUGUACUUGGGUAUCUUCAGUGCUUCCGUAGACAUUGCAUGAGUGCCGAUCCAUGCAAUGAGAGCCAGGGUCUCUGUUUUAGAGAGUAUGAGUGGUAUGAACGGUCAGACCACCAGCAAUCAGACAUUAAAGGAGAUAUCCAGUGGUGAACAACUUAUCCCCUAUCCUAAGGAUAGGGGAUAAGUUGCAGAUCGCAGGGGGUCCGACCACUGGGGCCCACCGCGAUCUCCUGUACAGAGCCCCGACAGCCUGCGGGAAGGGGGUGUGUCGACCUCCGCAUGAAGCGGCG